AGCCAGCAAUAUCAAGAUCGCGAACAUCAUCAUCAGCAGCAGCACUCCAUCAGCUGACGGUGUUUACUAACGUCGUCUGCAGUAUCUCCUCAAAUAGGUACCCUGAAGUGCCCUGGGAUGUGAGGUGUGCUGACCACCUGACAAGCCACAGGAGGGACGUGAGUCAUGGCCGGCUUGGACGACUAUCAGUUUUUCUCCACACUGAGGGAGAAGGACAACCCAUUCUGGCAGAAGGCAGCCGAGGACAAGGAGCAGCCCACAGACACCAUGGAACACUUCCGCCGACCCACAGAGUUCCCCGAGAAUCUACUCAACCCAGCCAAGGCGUCCCCCAAUCCCCCGCCCCCCAAGGCACAGACACCUAGAACUAAUGAGCUUGAAAUCCAGAAAAUGCAGGAUGUCCAGAUGGAAAAGUACGGUGAACUGUCCAUCAACAUCGUCAGUCUCUGUGCUCAAAACCUGCUCAGCCAUCCAUUCAUUGUAGUGCGCAGGCAGUGCCAGGUGGACAUCAACAGUUACCGCUACCACAUCCUACCCAUCACCCUUGUGCCUGCCCUCAUCCACAUCCAGAGCUUCCAGGGUUUCUCAGCAUUCUGGAAAGGCCUGGGCUCAGUUCUCACUGUGAGAGGCAUGACACUUGGUGUGGAGGACUGCCUGUCUAAAUUUACUCCUUGGCCAAAGGAGAUUUCACCACACAGUUCCCUCAAGACCAUAGGGCAACACCUUCUGUUGAAGUGCUCUGCCCUGGCCCUCAUCACCCCGUUCUACAGCGCCAGUCUAGUGGAGACCGUGCAGAGUGAAAUAGCAAGUGAGAAGCCUGGGGUGUUAGAUGUCUUCAAGGAGGGACUCACACGGCUCCUCUCCUUCACUCAGCCACAGACAGGCCGCAUGCUGCCCGUGUGGUUACUCAUCGUGCCAACAGUGACACACGGAGUGCUUCAGUACAUCAUUGGCAAUGCUGUGUCUACACUCACCUCGCAGGUGCUGAGGCACUACCACCGCCAGGACCAACACAAGCAGGGAGCGGUGAGCAAAGAGAACGGGUCGUUCCUUGAUGCCUCAGUGCGCCUGCAGUCUGCAUUUGUUGGCCACAUGGCAGCUGACGUGAUCCUGUACCCUCUGGAGACAAUUCUUCAUAGACUCCACAUGCAAGGGACACGCACAAUCAUUGACAGCCUUGAUGUGGGUUAUGAAGUCAAGCCAAUACUCACUCGCUAUGAGGGAUUCUUUGACUGCCUCAACACUACCCUGCAGGAUGAGGGAAUCCUCGGACUCUUCAAGGGAUUCGGUGCCCUGUGUAUUCAGUACGCGCUGUAUGGUGCUGUUCUCAAGUUUGCCCAAGUCAUCAUUCAGGAAGUGACACUAGCUCUGGUGCCACCCAAACCCAAGCCCAAGGUUCAGGACCCUGUCACACCCUUGGCUCCCAGCGCCCCGUACACCCCCAUCUCCUCCGUGCAUCCCGGGGUCGCCAGCCUCCACUCUUCACCCAUGCACCCUUCCCGACCCCCAUAUGGAGGCUCCCCUGGCAGCAAAAGACCUCUCGCCUAUGCCUCACCAGGACGUAGGCAGGAUGUUGACUUGCGGGCAGAGCUGGAGAAGCACAAAAGCAGUCUGACUUUGGACGAUUGAUGAGUGUCUUAGUUGAAAAGCAAAAUAGUGAACAUAUUCAUUUUAAUCUUUAUAUUUUUUCUGGUUUAUCUCCUUACUCUGCUGGUGAUGUCAAGACAUUUAGAGAAAUGAAAUGAGAUUCCUAAGUGCUAAUGCAGAGACAUAAAAGAACAGUAUGCUUGAAAGGUUACAACAACUUGACUUUCUGAGGUGUUGAAAAUGUGUCUCCCAAUAUUACUGCCAAGGUUAGCCACCUCAUUGUUCCUCUGUGAAGUGGAUUUUGUUCUUAUGUGUAGAUAGAGAUUGAUUAAAAAGAUGGAUAGGGUCCUAAUUUUUAAGUAAUUUUUUUUUGGUGAUGAGAGCUCUUGUAAUUAUUGUGAGCAUGUAAUGUGUGUGGUGUGGGAUGGCUAUGUGACACAGUGCUUGAUUUAGGGCCACAAGGUUGCAAGUUUGAUCCUGGCUCAUUACAGUUCAUCAUUGGGAAAGGUGGCACUACUGGAGCCACAACUAGACUAUUGUGGCACCUUAACUCAAUUCCCAAAUGUUAAAGGUUACAGUAAAUAGUAGAUUGUUGAUAUUCUUGAGAGGAAAAAUGUUACUUGUUGAUGAUACAUCUCCUGAUAAAAGUUUAUCUAGGAUAGAAAGAAUUGUAAGACUCCAAAUUUGUCUACACAAAUAUAUAUUCAAAGAUUGUUGCUGAGCUAAAAGAAAAAUUAAUGUGUGUAGUUUUAUUAUAUUUUGUGACAAUAUUCUUCACACACACCUUUAUAUUUUCACAAGUAUUACCUAUUUUCUUUUCUAUCCUUUUUUUUAGAUGAACAUGUCUUAAGCCUGAAAAUAUUUUCUUUGAAGAUGAACUAAAGCAUUCAAUCAUAUUUCCAGGUACUGCAAGUACUCUAUAUGCAUCUCCAGAAGUAUUGUAUGUAGAGUAUGAAUACAAAACUAUUUUCUUUUGAUUUGUAAAUUAUUUUUUCUGAAAUGGGGAACUUAUAUGGUACCUAUCAUGAACAGAAAUGAAGUGUAAGAUAAAAUAAUAAUUCUGA